GCUGUUGUUCAACUUUUAUGACGAGAACUCCGCUGUGUUCGCACACUUCAGGCACGUCUUGAAUUUUAAGGCUAUGAAAUGUGAACUGAAGCUGCCAAGUGCUCCUCGUGAACUGCAACAAGCUGAUCUAAACUUUUUCCUCCGUCCAUGUGAGCCAAACGGCACGUACAGUAACUCCCUGACGUCAGCUGGCAGCUCCUCGGCUGUGCGCAGAUCAGCUGUGGCAGAGCACAGCGAGCCGAGCAGCAGCAGCAGCAGCAGCAGCAGAGGUGGUGUUUACUGGACCCAGGGACGCACAUUUACCCACAGACUGGCCCGCUUUCGCGCUGAUACAGGUCUCGAAGCGCUGAGUGAAAUGUGCUUGCUGAAAGUUUCUGCUGAGUGGUAGCGAUCCAGCAUGUAGCAGAGGUGAACUAGUCCCUUCACGCCUGGGAACAAUCCGACAACACAAUGGGGAAUUCGUACGCCGGGCAGCUGAAGUCUGCUCGAUUUGAAGAGGCUCUCCACAACUCUAUUGAGGCGUCGCUGCGCUCAAGCAAUGGAGAUCCACAGCCCAUCUUCACACAGCUCUACCUUGAUCCGGAGCCGUGUCCUGGUAACAUGGAAGACAUGAAGCCGAAAGCUGACCUGCACAGACGGGAGCCGCCGAGCCAAGAGCUCAUGAACGGCCACUCUUCCAACGAUCUAGAGGAGCUGGAGGACGAUGAUGACUCGGACAGCAGCAGCCCUCCACUUCCCUACCUGCAGACCCCUGUGCCUGAUGGCUGCUGCACACUGGAUGGGUUCUGUCAGGCUGGCAAGGACCUCCGCCUGGUCUCCAUGGCAACAGAGCCCAUCGAAGUCCCAGCAGGCUUCGAGCUGGUCGGCGCCAAGUCCCCUAGCGUCCCCGAGCACAUCCUGGUGUGUGCCGUGGACCGCCGCUUUUUGCCUGACGAGAAUGGGAAAAAUGCACUUUUAGGUUUUUCAGGAAACUGUGUGGGCUGUGGGGAAAAGGGUUUCAGAUACUUCACCGAGUUUUCCAACCACAUCAACCUAAAGUUAUCCACCCAGCCCAAGAAGCAGAAGCACUUAAAAUACUACCUGGUGAAGAGUUCUCAGGGUGCUCUGUGCAAAGGACCCCUCAUCUGCUGGAAAGACUGUAAAUCACGCCAGUUCUCCAGCAGCGCGUCGACGUCGAAGCCCAGCUCGUCUUCGUCUCUCAGCAGUAAAGAAAACGGCGGCACCAGCGGACACAGCUCCUCUCCCUUCUCCCUCUCAGAUUCUCCACCCACCAGAGUGACACAAGCAUCCUCUGUGUUUUUCGGGAGCCAGGACCUCAGCAGAGACUGCAGUUUCCUCAAACCUCUGGCAUCCACGCCAGGAAACAAGACCCUCCCGAUAGUACCCACAGCUCUGAGGGUGAACGGGCCAACAAAUGGUCUAGGAGUCGACGGGCGUCCUCCCUUACUGAGCCCCUCCCAGGUCUCUUUAGGGCCUCAAGGUCAGGGGUAUCGCACUGCUGACUUAGGCGACAGUCCUGUGUCCUCUGCCAUGAACUCUGGGCCUCCAAAGAAGCGUCACCGGAGCUGGCACCCUAACUCGUUGGUACCUGUCCCACCGACAGCCGUCCCCGUGCCAGCCAUCCGGCCGAUAGUUUGUUCUCCAGGUUCUGUGUUAGGAUUGUCGUCGCCUCAGGCGCCUGUACCAGGAGUGAUUCAGCCUCAGCCCGUCAACGCUGGAGACACCGUCAUCGUCCCCGACAACCUGCUCAGCUCCUCAGGAGUUCGCCCUGUCAUCCUCAUCGGGCACGGCACUUUACCUUAUUUCUAUGGGAAUGUUGGAGACAUAGUGGUGAGCCCCCUGCUGGUCAGCUGCUAUAAGAGCAGCCAGCUGACGGAGAAAACCUUGGAGACGCUGGGCCUCAACAGCAGCCAGCUUCUCUGCGUGGAGACGAUGAUCCUGCUCACUUUACAGUAUCUUGCACGCUUAGGCUCGGAGCAGAUUCCUCUGAGGGAGGAGCUGGAGCAGAUCGUUCUGAAGGCCAUGCUGUGCUGCCCCGGGGGUCCCGCCAUCUCCCCGACCCAGCUGCCCUGGCUGGCGCGGCUGGAGGCCAGCGUCUCCGGCGGCAGCGUCCAGGUCGUGGUUACCCAUAGCUCUCUGGGAGAGGGCAUCUCAGAGUCACUCCGUUCUCUCAGCGAGGGCCCUCACCACCAGCAGUGUCUGCCCACGUACGUCGUCAUUAUAUGCGCCUCUAAGAUGACCGGCAACGAGUUCUGCGUGCUUGUGUUGGGAAAGUACCAAGCGCGGGCCCUAGCUGAAGGAAUGCUCACGACCAACGAGUUUCUGAAGGAAAUCAGCUACGAACUCAUCACAGGGAAAGUCAGCAUCUUGGCAUCUCACUUCAAAACCACCUCCCUCGGGGACAAUCUGGACAAGCAGCUGGUGCGAUACCAGCGCAGACGGAAGGGACAGGUCAUCCAGCCCUUUCAAGGCGAUGUCACCGACUACAUCCACUCUCAGGAGGCUGCCAGCAUGUCACCGCCCUCAGACAGAGCAGAGCUGUUGACCAAGGUCUUUCAGAUCUACCCGACCCAGCUGAGUGUGGCCCGGAGCCUCCUUUCUCAAGUCUGCUCCAUCGCUGACUCAGGGACGCAGAAUCUUGAUUUGGGACGUUUUUGUAAAGUGGACUUUCUCGUUUUGGUCCCUCCAUCUCACAUUCUCGUGCACCAGACGGCGCAGCGCAUCAGACAAUCAGGAGUGCUCGUGGACCUUGGAAUCGAAGACGCCUCCUUGGCCUAUCAGAAAUCUGACAAGUACGUGGUGCGCCUGGAUGGUGAUGUUCACGCCAAGAUGGAGGCCUUCAUGAGGAAAGUCAAACAGAACCCCUACACGCUGUUUGUCCUCAUCCACGACAACUCCCACGUCGACCUCACAAGUGCGCUCUCGGGCUCCGUGUGCCACGGGGAGCUGCAGGGUUUGGCCGACCGGGUGGUAAACUGCCAGGAAGUCCUCGAUGCCAUGAACCUCCUGGUCCUGCAGGUCAGCUGCUUCCCAUACACGCUGCAGACCCGCCAGUCCCGCAUCAGCACCCACAACGAAGUUCACUGGCCCUCCAAAGAAAGUCUGCAGGGGGUGCAGUCUCCUAAUGACUUGCUGUACUUUGGCCUGAGGGACUACAGCAGAUCCCUGCAGUGGGGCGUGGCCAGCCCCAUCCUGCGCUGCGAUGAUGCAUUCGAGAAGAUGGUCCACACGCUGCUGGAGAGACAUCCUCACCUACACAGCAUGGUGAUCCGCAGCUACCUGCUGAUUCAGCAGUACACCGAGGCCAUGAUGGCCCUCACCUCCUCCCCGUCCCUGAGGGACCACAUAACCCCGGAGACCCUGGCCAUGGUGGAGGACCUGAUCAACGCUCCAAGCAGAGAGGGUUCCCAGGGCCGGGGCCACAUGCUGCUGGUCCGAGUCCCCUCGCUGCAGCUGGCCAUGCUGGCCAGGGAGCGGUUAGAGGACGUGAGGGACAAACUGGGGCUCCAGCUGUGCUUCGCCGUGCUGCUGGGAAGCCCCGCCACGGAGCUGAGCCUGCCCAGAAACUUCACCAACCGCCUCAGGGCGUGGAGAGGCUGUGAGAAUGAAGAGUGGGUACCGCACACGUACGAGGAUCUGGAAGGGCUGCCCUGCAUCGUCAUCCUCACGGGGAAGGACCCCCUCGGAGAGACUUUCCCCAGGUCUCUGAAAUACAGCGACCUGCGUCUGAUAGACUCCAGCUACCUUACUCGCACGGCCUUGGAGCAAGAGGUGGGUCUGGCCUGCACCUAUGUGUCCAUGGGCGUGGCUCAGGACCCCAAGAAGGCCAUGGCCCCUCGGGAAUCAGACGGAGAGAAGGCCACCACCAGCUUGAACGAAGGAGACGAGCUGGAAAGACCUCAGAGCAACGGCAGCGCUGCGACCAGAGCGUCUGGCUCUUUGGCAGAGAAUGGCGUCAGCUCAUCCGACGUCGCCGACUCUUUCCAGAAACCCUCCACCUCCAGCUGCCCACCUGAAGGUGCCGUCACAUCGGACGUGGGCACCGUAACGCAAGGCUUCAAGCAGGAGUGCGACUCCCUGGGGAGCCAGCUCUCCUCCAACUCCUCCAAGCAGUCCAAGGCCCCUCCCUCUCUCUGCUCCAGUUCCUCCUCCUCCGCCCCCUCGCCAUCGUCCUCAUCCACCCAGAGGCCCAGCCAGUCCACGCAGUGUGGUCGGGAGCCCAAGCCCGCCCGGGUGUCCCCGCGGACGGUCAUCAUGUCGCGGGCGGCGUACAACCUGCUGGCUGGGGAGUCGGGGAGCCAGCUGAGCUCUUUCUCGUUGUUGCCUCACGCAGACGUGGCGUGGAGCAGCCCCCUGAGGCCCCUCAUCACCCCCAACCUGCAGGGGGCCGAUCAGAGCAUGUACUACCGCCAGUGGACCGUCGCCAGGCAGCACCACGCCGACUACGAGGCUCCACCUGUGCCACAUCCUCGACGGCUGCUGCUCAGCGGACCACCACAGGUGGGAAAGACCGGCGCCUAUCUGCAGUUUCUUCGCAUCCUGUUUCGAAUGCUCAUCAGACUGCUGGAGGUAGAUGUGUACGACGAGGAAGAGUCGGAGGAGGAAGAAGAAACAUCCAAGGUCACAACUCCAAUAAACACCCAGUGGCCUGACAUCGAGGAAGUUCGAAAGCUGCCCUUUGACCCCAACCCCCGGGACCCUAAGUUCAGAAAGGCCAGCCCUGUUUACACUGAAAAGAUGCCAAAGUGCUUAAAAGACUUUAAGCAAGAGGGAGAGAUGCAAACACCAGCCAAACGAGAGACCAAGUCCAUCCGUCUGAGCAGGUUUGCCGCCCACAAUGCCUUUCAUCACUGCGAGCAGUGUCACCACUACUGUGAAGCGGGCCCCGCCACACAGCUGUCGGAGUGCACCUUCCACGCUUUCACCUUCUGCUCGUCCAUGCUUGGGGAGGAGGUCCAGCUCCAGUUUGUCAUUCCCAAAGCCAAGGAGCAGCACUUUGUCUUCAGCCAGCAGGGGAGCCACUUGGAAAGCAUGCGUCUGCCUCUGUUCUCCACCAAGGACCCUGCGCUGCUGAAGAGCCCGAUCUUCACCCCGACCACGGGACGGCAAGAGCACGGCCUGCUCAACAUUUUCCACGCCAUGGAGGGCGCCACUCAUCUGCACAUCCUGGUGGUCAAGCAGUUCGAGAUGCCCCAGUACAGGAAGUACUGGCCCAACCACAUCCUGCUCGUCCUGCCGGCCAUGUUCAACAAUGCUGGAGUUGGUGCGGCCCGCUUCUUGAUCAAAGAGCUGUCAUACCACAACCUGGAGCUGGAGAGGAACCGACUGGAGGAGCAGGGCGUCAAGAGGCAGGACGUGUGGCCUUUCAUCGUCAUGAUGGACGACUCCUGCGUGCUCUGGAACAGCCAUCAGCCAGCAGACUGCAGCGAGACAUCAGAUGACGGCUCAACCUACACGAACGUGUCCUUGAAGAUGGUGCUGCAGCACAUGGAAACCACACCGAAGAUCUCCCUGUACGCGAUGUGUGGCACGCGCAAGUGGAGCAGCGGCCUGGCUCGCAAGUCCACCAGCCAGCUGUAUAGCCGGUGCCACCUCCACGACUUUGUCAUGCUCAACGUGGACCUGACGCAGAAUGUCCAAUAUGACCUUAAUCGGUAUAGCUGUGAGGAGGUGGACUUUAAUCUGAGGGUGAACAGCAGUGGGCUGCUGCUGUGUCGCUUCAACUGCUUCAGCCUCAUGAAGAAACACAUUCCAGUCGGGGGAAACAAAGACUUCCUGGUCAAACCUAAACUCAUGGAAAUAGAAAACCCCGCCCUAAUCAGCCCGUCCCAGUACGUCUGCGCUCCAGACAGCGAGCAGACCCUCCUGGACGCCCCGGCCCAGUUCUUGCUCGAAAGGUUCCUGCAAAGCUGCAGCCACAGACUCUUUCCGAAGGCUGUUCAGAACAGAAACAACCCAGUUCUGUCCAUCGACAGCUACCUCAACAUAAGCCCCGAGAUUUCUGUGUGCUACAUCAACUCUCGGCCACACUCCACCAACCUGAACCACCAGGGCCUGCUGUUCAGCGGCCUGCUGCUUUACCUCUGUGACUCCUUCGUCGUCUCCGGACUCCUCAAGAAAUUCCGCUUCCUUAAAGGUGCCACCCUGUGCGUGAUCAGCCAGGACCGAAGCUCCCUGCGUCAGACCAUCGUCCGGCUGGAGCUGGAGGACGAGUGGCAGUUCCGCCUGCGGGACGAGUUCCAGACGGCCAACUGCAGCGAGGACCGGCCUCUCUUCUUUCUGACCGGCCGCCACGUUUGAACCUAAAAAAAAAAAAACGUCCCGGGUCCCCGACGCACUGCCGCCAAAACUCAAUCAGAAGCCAGGAUAGUUCUUUGACAUUCCGGUGGAAGGUCAGAGGGGGAUCUGCUGGAGAUCCGAAGUGCCCCACAAGCGGACAAAUCGCCGCCUUUACAUGGCUUUCCCCCUGCGUCUGUGCUACCACAGUGCACUCUGCCUGGCUCAUGUUUGAACUCUUCUACUGAGAAACUUUGCUGUGGGAGAAAGAAAGCACAGCUGAGACUGAACUUUAGUUGUUUUGUUGUUGUAUAUUCCGCAAAAAUGGACGCUCCCUGAUCAAUGAUGUGACUAUUUGAAGAUUGUAUGUGCACAUGGACAUUUAACGGUACGUCCUGUGCUGGGCGUACUUGUUUUAUCUCAGGGUUUUAAUGGGAGAUCCGAGGGAGGUCGCUCGAAAGGGUAAAGCUUUUCUCCCAAGUUGUAAUUUUGGCUUUGUCUUACGUUGGCACCAAAGACGUCCUCAGCUGCCGCCCCCCCCUUGCCUUUUACCUUUUGCUUUCCUUUCAAACUCCACAAAGCUCAUCGUUUUGGAUUUCCAUCAUCACUUCUACUGCUGCGCCAUCGGGAUUCAAGCAGGAAGCGAUUAUGUGAGCCUCUUCUUCUUCUUCUUCUUGUGCCUCCUAAAAGUAUUUACGUGGCAUCGAUAAGCCAUCCUGCAUGACAGCGUUUCUCAUUUCCCGAACGACUUGCUGUCAAAAGUACCCAAAGAUUUCGUUCACAGCGAAAAGAAAAAGGCGCAAGACGCGUCCUCUCAAGAAUGUAAAAUGUUUCAAAUAUGAAGCAGAUCCGUUGUCCAGAAGAGACAAACGUGACCUGCCCCAGGGUUUUACUCAUCUGUUAACGUGUACUACCGAUCACACGUGGAAGGAAGACGAGUUCACUGGUAUUUUUUAUAUUUUUUGGGGGGAGGAUGUUUUGAGCAAAAUCAAGCCAGGUCAGUAAAUGAUACAUAAUAAUCACUGCCAAAUGUCCUGCUACUGACUGUGCCUGGGGGUUACACCUCCUGUUGUAAAGGAAGGCCGAUCUUACGCGGGUGGUUCUGGCUGCCGUCACAAUCCGGGUAAUAAUCAAGAGAAAAAAAGCUUUAAAACGCCGUCAAAAAGCAGGUGACCAGAUCAUUUCAUAUACUUGAACGUAGAAUGUUUUUGUAUGUUUCUGCACAGGGUUGUCCAAAGAAUAUGCCUUAUGGUGACGUUUCAUGCCAUCGCUGCUCGAGUCAUUAAUUUUUUAUUUUUAUUUUUUUCGUUUUUUUUUUUUUCCGACCAAUGAGAAUGAAGUAUAAAACCAUUUUAACUGUGAGGCGAGGGGAAUGUUUGUCCAAGCGAAGCAAAGUGAAUAAUUGGAUUUCGGACUACUGUACUGUUUAAAAAUUGUGUUUACAUUAUUAAUAUAUUAUAUCACCCCUUGAAACCGCUGAGGGAUACUGAUGUUUUUUUUAGUCUUGUGUAACUUUUGCCAGUAUAUGUCGGUCAUGAUGUCUUGCUGCAUUUUUUUUUUUUUAAUGUUAUGUUGCAAAAGGCAAAAAGAAGAAUCUACCUAGAUGUGUCCUUAACCAUAUGUCUGUAUCCCUUCCCUGUUCUUGUGUUGAAUUUUUUAUUUUUUUUUUAUUUUUUAUUUUUUAAUGAAAAAAACAGGUCCGUGAGGGAUUCUUAUUUAUUUGACAAGCAUUUUUUUGGACUGAUAAUCAUGUUGAAGUGUAAUAUUUGAUUGCAUGCUAAGCUCGCCUAAACCGAGGGGAGCGGGCGUGUCCUCUUCAGAACCAAUCCGUGAAAGGCUUUGCACAAGACCCAAAUGAAUGAUUCUUCGAUCUACUGAAUGUCAUCGGGGUGGGGUGGGGUGGGGUGGGGGUGGGGAAAGAGGAGGAAAUGUGAACUUGCACUAUACAAGUUGCCAGCAGAAAAAGAAAAUGUUGCCCGCUGUGAAAUGAGCCCCGCAAUUAGUCCAAGUGUAAAGACUGAUGAUCAGGAAAGAUGUAACUUAAAACUCCAAUGGUCCAUAGAAUGUGUCUUUCUUUUUGAAUAAUUUAACACUUAAUAUGCAACUUGCUCUCACAAUCUUCACUGAAGUGUGUUUGAUACCUCAUGUUUAUCGUUGUGGCUACAGGCUUUUUGAACAUAUGACAUUAGAGCCGUGCUGUUAUUGUUGAAAAACGUAUGAAUGUAAUAAAAAAAAAAGAAGACUUCUAAAAAUAA